AUGGGCCCAACACUCACCCAAAACCAGAAGCACAUCCUUGCCAUGUCAAAGGCCGAGUACCUCUCACACGUUGGCAAUGUCGGCCGCGAUAGCAGACUCCAAGUCGCCGCUGCGGUAUUCAAAAUUGACAUACAGUCUUCAAGACCUACCAUCCUUCUUUUAAAACGCCGCAGCCAUGACAGCUACGAGCCGGGCGAGUUCGAGGUCCCUUCUGGUAGUGUAGACGACAGCGACUUCAUCAUCUCAGACUCCAUUGCUCGAGCAGUUCAAGACCAAUCGAACCUCAGAGUCUUUCGCAUCGAUGCAAUGCUGCGGGAAAAACGAUGGAGUAUCCCGGAUCUAUACUACGGAGACGAGGAUAUGGAUAUAAGCAACACCUUGGUUUGCUCCAAAAGGGAAAGCAUGCAGCUGAAUUGGGCCGUCACGGUUCACGAUAUCGAGGACAUCAUUGUUGCCAGUGAGGAUCAUGAUGAGUUCGUCUGGGCUACGUGGGCCUCACUGAACGUGUUAAAUCUGAGCACAGAUACACGCGAUCUUGCCAAGGAGGCCUUGACUUGGGCGGCCAGGCGUCUCUGUGCCUAG